AUGACUCUAACAAAUCGUUAUGUUCAAUAUUAUCUCAACCAACAACGAGGAUACGGUUCAUCGCCUGUGUUUAAAGGAGCACCUUGGCAAAGAGGAUAUGGGCAAGUGGGUUAUGGUCUUGGUGGCUUAUUUCGCAGUUUAGCUAGAGCUGUAAUACCUCUGGCAAAAAGCGGUGCAAAAGCUCUGGGUAAAAUUGCUCUUAACACAGGAGCAAACGUUUUAGGCGAUGUUAUCUCCGGGAAAAGUGUGAAAGAGUCUGCAAAAUCGAGAGUAAAUCAGGCUGCUAAAGAUGGGGAAAAUGGCUCGCCCGGCACUGAAGAUUAUGUUGACAUGUCUAAGACAAUAUUGGUAGCUAGAGCGAAAGUAACAAAAGCCGAUGGUGGGGAUAUCGAUGAUGACACUAAAGUUGGACCUGUAAACAAUUUCUUGCACAGUUUGUUCAAGCAAGUUGACGUGUUUCUAAAAGGAAAGUUAGUUACACAAGCAACAGGAACAUAUCCAUAUCGUGCAUAUCUCGGCACACUUUUAAAUUAUGGUCCGUCAGCCAAACAAUCACAGCUCACCGCUGCGUUAUUUUACAAAGAUACUGCAGGUCAGAUGGAUAAUGCAGAUCCUGCACGCAAGUCCAAACAGGGUUUGAAGACAAGAAAUAAGUUUAUCAUGGGAAGUAAAAUUGUUGAUAUGGCAGGUCCUAUCUUUUGCGAUGUUUUCUUUGGUGAACGUUACUUACUUAGCUAUGUUGAUUUGAAAGUGGUCAUGAACCGUACCAGUGACGAAUUUGUCUUAAUGUCAUCGGUGGACGGUGCAGCCUUUAGAGUGAAAUUGAUAGAUGCAUACCUUAAAGUUCGUAAAGUCAAAGUGAAUCCUAGUAUAUCUCUGGCUCACGAAGUUGCCCUGAAAAAAGGUCCAGCCAUUUACCCUGUAAGACGUGUGGACUGUAAAAGUUUUAUUAUUCCUUCUGGAAACCCUUCGCUGCAAAAAGAUAACCUUUUCAAUGGUUUAGUGCCUAAAUCGUUUGUUUUUGGUCUUGUUGAAAGUGCGUCAUUCAAUGGAGCUUAUAAAAAGAACCCAUUCAAUUUCCAGCAUUUCAACAUUUCAUCGUUAGGCAUUUCAAUAAAUGGUGAAUCUGUACCAUUUAAACCAAUCAAUUUGUCCUUUGGCGCGAAUCCGAGAUUUAUAGAAGCAUUUCUAUCGCAGUUUUCAGGCACUGGGAAAAUGUAUUACGACACAGGCAAUGGCAUUACGCGUGAAGAUUUCCCAAACGGUUUUGCCCUGUUCGGCGCGGACUUUACCCCGAUAUGUGCAGUGCAUCCGAACAUUUUAACACGGUGCAAAAGGAAACCUGGCCAUUGA